CAAGUAAACGAAGUGAUGGUAAUUGUGGAAUUAUACGUUGAAGUAGUUGGCUCAUCAUGACACUCCCUAACAACUCUGUACUGAUUCGAUGAGUGGAGUUGUUAUGAUAUGCUAUGGCAUUCGACAAAAGCGGGUUUAGGAACAGCCUAGUGAAAUCAUUCUGGGGUGGUUAUAGAGAUCUUAAGUGGAUUAGUUGUCCCAAAACACUAAAUGGUAGCUCUAAAUCUAAUAAAGAAACCAAAACCAAAACUCAGGUAACAUCUCUCGGCAAAGAUCUUUCCAAUUCAUAUUCAUGAUGUGGCCUAGGAUCAUUUUCUGCACUUCAGUCUUAUUGGCCGUAUUGGUUGUCAUUCUCUUAGCCUUGUUUUCACCAAUACCAGACAAUACUCUAUCAAAAAACCACACAAAACCGCCUUGGCUAGCCUUGUCCUUGUACAUUCAGCAGCCAAAAGUCGGUGGAAUCGACACGCCACCUGUUGUGCAAUCCGACGCUCAAGGAGCUUUCAUUUUUCACCGAAUACUGACUGAAGGGCCUGAAAACACGUCUCGCGUGGUAGGAAAAGCGCAGGGCAUCAUAAUUCCAACAGAGCAGUUUGCACACUCAAAUUUCAACAUAUUGUAUCUUAGCUUUGACACGGCUGAGUACUCUGGUAGUCUUAGUGUUGAGGCCAAACAUGUGGCACACAAAGACGUUGAAGAGCUCACUGUUCUUGGGGGAACGGGCUCUUUUGCUUUUGCGCGUGGACUCGCUGUUUUUGGUCAGAGCACUUCCAGACAAGAUAAAACAUCAUCAUCUUCAGAUGAUCUUGAUGCCACUACUUAUCAUGUGAAGCUUCAGCUUAGGCUUCCUAAUCAAUCUAGAAGUUUUACUAUUCCAGGUCCAGGAUGAAGCCACUCAUUAGAUUUAUAUAUUUAUUCUUCAAAGUCUUAUUGCGUACUAUAAUUUUUGCUUCAUUGAGGAUUAUGAUCGAAAGCCAGUUGUUUUCUCUUCUUCUUCUCAGUAUUACAACGUUUGAGAUCAAAUGAUGUAAUUACAAUUAUAUAUUAACAUGAGUAGUCUUCGACGUA